UGCAAAGAAAAAUACCUUUGGAUUUGGAAGCUGGAAAACCAAAUCUCAUUUCCUGUAAAGAUGUUGAGAUGGCGCCACUUUGCCUGUCGGUAUACCAAGAUGAAACGCAACCUCUGCCAAGUUACGAUGAGAUCCUGAUCUGUACUCCAGAGACAACAGCAGAGGAGGUGGAGCUGAUCCUCCGAAGAGCUCUGCUGUCUGGCAGCAGACACGAGAAGAUCUACAGUUUGUUAAAUGCAGACAAACUCAAUCAUGAGGUUUCAAGAAAACUGGAGUCUAUAUUCUACAAACUAUCAAAAACUCAAGACAACUCAGCCAGAGAAAAUUACAGGUUGAUCAUCUGUUAUGAUUCACAAGCCAAUCAUAGUUAUGUUGCUACUGCCUUUGACAAUUACAAAAGAACACUUCCUGAGAACCCAAACCGUAAUCAAGAGAUUAAACAGUACCUCAAGUCUCAACUCAAAAUGGCCUCUGGGGCUGGAAAUGGAUUUGGAAAAUUACACCAGUUUCAGCGAUUUCCACAGAGGACCAAACUUGUCUUCUCGGAGCAUGCUGGCAUGGGAAAAUCACUUUACGUGAAAAGCCUUAUAAAUGCAUCGAUGAAAGAACUGAAAGAGGAAGGCUUCACCCAUAAAACCAUCCGGCUCAGUGAAUCACAGCUGAGACCAGAACACAUCAUCCAGCAGUUUCAGUUGUAUGAGGACAAGCCCACUGACACAGUGCCCAGGAUCUUCCACUUUGAUGUCCCCCCGGUGGUAAGUGUGAGCUUUGUCUGUACUGUAUUGUUUUUUUAUUGGAUUUUUAAAUGCUCAAUCUAG